AUGUACAUCAACUCGCCCGGCGGGAGCGUGACGGCCGGCCUCAGCAUCUACGACUGCAUGCAAUACAUCGUCCCGGAGGUGUCGACGCUCGUGCUCGGCCAGGCCGCCUCGAUGGGCUCGCUGCUGCUCGCGGGCGGCGCCCCAGGCAAGCGCUACUGCCUGCCUCACUCGUCCGUGAUGCUCCACCAGCCGAGCGGCGGCCACUACGGCACGGCGGCCGACAUUGCGAUCCACGCCAAGGAGAUCCUGCGCGUGCGCACGCAGCUCAACCGCAUCUACGAGCGGCACCUGACGCCCACGAACAGGGACAAGAAGAUGACGGUCGAGGACAUCGAGAAGAUGAUGGAGAGGGAUUACUUCCUCAGUGCCGAGGAGGCGCUCGAGCUCGGCGUCGUGGAUGAGAUUCUGGCGAGUCGGAAGAAAAAGCCCGAAGAGGGCGACAAGGACAAGGAGGGGACGUGA